GUAGUCAUCUGCCAGCCAGUGGUUGUGUGUUUGUUCGUUCGUUUUCGACUGCUCCUCUCUAGCGCUAGUCGGAGUGAUUAGGAAGGUUUUCGCUGGUCCGUGUGUAAUUCCGUUGUUUGCAUUUCUGUCUGUCUCUUCGCGCACACACAGCAGAUUUCCCAUCAUCCCCCGUGGAAAGGCCAUUUUCUGCGUCGCAGCUCUUUUUUCGGAACUGCCAGAAGUGUUUACAUAAGUGCGUCGUCUUCGUCCUGGACGUGUGACGAUCCGUGAUUUUUACGGAGGAGGAAAAAAUAAGUGCCCCCAGAUUGAGGGGGAAGUUGAGUUCCUGAUAAGAUUGAGAGCGAGAUUUGCGUCGCAGAAAAACAAGAUCCAGCAGUUCCGACUGAGUGGGAGUGUACAAUUUGUGUGUGUGUGUGUGUCUGUUCUGAAAUCGGCAAGUGGCCAAAAAGUGGUCAGCACUUAUCGCCUGCACAGAUAAGAGGUUAAGGACCCGCGUUCCGAAGUAGAACCAGCAGCAGCAGCAGCGAUGGUCGAGCCAAUCUUCGACUACCAAUUUCGACAUAUCCUGAUCGGAGAUAGCACGGUGGGCAAAUCCUCCCUGCUCAAAUACUUCACCGAUGGCAAGUUUGCAGAGCUAUCCGACCCGACCGUGGGCGUCGACUUCUUCGCACAUCUCAUCGAGGUGAAGGACGGCACCCGCAUCAAGCUGCAGCUGUGGGACACCGCCGGCCAGGAGCGGUUCCGAUCGAUCACGAAAUCCUACUACCGCAACUCGGUCGGCGUGCUGCUCGUGUACGACAUCACGAACCACGCCAGCUUCGAGCACAUUCCCCUCUGGAUGAUGGAGGCCAAGCGGCACAUCGAACCGCACCGGCCGGUCUUUGCGCUGGUCGGAUGCAAGCUGGACCUCGUUAACAAUGGCGUCCAGCGGCGCGAGGUCAGCGUAGAAGAGGCGCGUUCCUUCGCCGAACAGCACGGGCUCAUCUUUGUGGAAACUUCGGCCCGGACGGGCGUCAACGUGCGGGAAGCGUUCAGCCUGGUCACCCAGGAAGUGUACAACCGAAUCCAGUCCGGCGAGUACAAGGUCGAGGACGGCUGGGACGGCAUCAAGAAGGGCUUCCCCAGGCCGAGCAAUUUAGACUUUAACCUCGUGGUGGCGGAAUCGGCGCGGAGUUCGUGUUGUUAAACUUGUUUUGUUUCGAUUUAAGCGAGCGCUGUGCAACAAAAUCUGUAACCUCCUCCCCCUCCCAACCCUUAAAACACAUUUUUCUGUUUACCGUAAAAAUUGACGAUACAAGUUGAUGAACAAUGCAAAAUUAUUAGAGCAUUUCGAAUAGAGAACUAAUUGGUCGAGGAAGCAAGAAGUCAAAAAAGAAAAAAAAACUAAAAGGAAAGACUCAAACGAUAUUGAUAUACUGCUGAAUUACAACGAUGUGAUAUAUUGGGAUUAGAAGUUUCGGUUUUGGCCAGAGUCAGAGCGAAAAACAAAAGCGAACGUCGUUAGCACUUGUUUGUUUCCUCCUUUUAUUUUUGUCCUGUGUUGUGGUACGUAAGAAUGGUCGGUGCUUUUUUCUAAGUUUAUCUUUUCUAAAACUUUUUUUUUGCUAUUCCUUUUACUAUUUUUUCAAUUUUUCAAUUAACGUUCCGGCGACUGUUUGUUUUCUUUGUUUGAUAGUUUACAAAAAGUCAGUUUUAGUGAGUAAUGAAAAGAAGAAAAAUUAUGAACACACAUUUUUAUAUGUAUAUAGUAUAAUAAUUACUAAUUUAGUAACGUAGUCGAAAAACAAAACAUGCAACUGUUUACUUUAAGAAAAAUACUGGAAAUUGAAAUAAAUUAUGUAA